AUGACCACCACAACAAGUGCCACUCCGAGAUCUCAACCUCAACAAGUUUCUUGGUCUAAACCUCUAGAAGGAUGGGUAAAACUAAAUGUGGAUGGGAGUAGACGUUCAGAGCCGCCAUCAUCAGCCAUCGGAGGGGUACUUCGAAACUCAGAUGGUAGUUGGAUUGUUGGCUUCUCCAACAAGGUCGGCCAUGCUUCAGUACUUGAAUCUGAGAUUCGAGCUUUGAGAGAUGGUCUCUCACUGGCGUGGACACUGGGAUAUCACAAGGUGGAAGUGGCUUCAGAUUCACAAGUGACAGUUCAACUUCUCCUUACAAAAGACUUUGAGUUCCAUCCAUUGGGUGCGCUUUUGGAGGAUUGUCGUAAGUAUCUUCUUCAACAAUGGGAUUGCAGGUUGCACCAUUCACUUCGAGAAGCCAAUCAAGUGGCAGAUGCUUUGGCGGAGUUGGGACUAGAGGUGGCAAUUGGAUCGGAUUCGUGGAUUCGUGGAUUGGAUUCGUGGAUCCAUGGAUCAAAUGGAUUGGUGGAUUGA